AUGGCUUCGGACCCCCCUGCAGUAUCGUUGACGACCUUGUCCACCGAACUUACAUUCCACAUUCUAUCAUUCCUCUCUCCCAUCGAAUACAAAGCCUUCUCUUCUACCUCCAAAACAUGCCGAAAAGCCUGCAUUCCGAUCGUUUUUCGUCGGGUGAGAUUGUACCCGGAAAACAUCCAACUCUGGCAAAAUAACCCCGCUAUCUGCAUCGCCGUCAGACGUGUCUCGUUUUGUCCUCUUUAUAUCAAAAGUGAAACCGAACUUAUGGACUAUUGGCGAAUAUGCACGAAUGCAGUGGGGUUAUUAUUCCCCAACGUUACGGAUUUAAAACUGCUUUACCCGAGUUGUUCGUACUAUCUACAGCAAAGGGAUGUUGCCGAGAGAGACUCCUUUGAUGAUAAACUGUUACAGCUUGAUAAUCGGAUAUUCAGCGCGAUAUUUUCGACAUUGUCGACAUUUCCGUUUUAUGAGUCACAGUUGAGGAAGCUACAUAUUGAAACUAAUAGGUUUUGGUCGGCAGGCGAGCAGUAUCCAUCGGAUAUCUCGACUGAGAAUCAAGAGUUUUUAGACUCGACUAAUAGAGUCAUGGCAGCGAAAGGGUUGGAUCAUAUACCUUUCCCCCACAUGUUGGAAGAAGUAGUACUCACUGCUAAGCUUAUAUACUUCACACCACCGGGGUAUAAUCUACAUAACUGCGUCGCUCUACAAAAUUGUAUGGGUUCGUUAAGAAGUUUCAGCCUCUUAGGCACUCCGGAUCAUUCUACGAAACGAUUUUCAAGAGGAAACCGACCAAAGGAUGAAUACAUCAAGAAUCCAAUUUUAUGGCUGAAUAUCUCGGACUACGUCUAUCCAAAUGUCACGACUCUGUGCAUCAGUAGCAGAUUUCUGACCAAUGAAUAUAUCUAUGAGUUCCCAGUUCGUUUUCCGAGUUUACAGGAACUGAGGAUUCACGACCCCAGUUCAAAGGUGGGAUCGAUGAUUACCGAAAACUUCGAGGAAGUAACCGAAAUGCUAAGGGCCUUUAAGGGGCUCAGGAGGGCGGUGAUACCUUGGCCGUUGGAAGAUACGAAUGAUAUUGAUUGGGAGAAGCCGGGUUGGGACCCUGCACCCCCCGUGCCGGUAGAAAAGAUUGGAAAGACGGCGAGAGCAUGGUUUGCGGAUCAAAGUCUAGUGGCUCUGGAAAGGAUAGCCUUUUGGAUGUGGGAUGUCGUGGAGAAAGAGACUCGUUGCGAGGCUGUGAUUUCUGAACGUAGAUUUGGGGUAGAUGGUGGAGUACAUGUGAGGAAGGUUACAUGCACCAAUAGAGAGGAGCUAUUUCCAAUUCUGGGGAAGGGCUGGGAUCCCAUUUGCUGGGUGGAUCAUUCUAAGAGGUUGGCUCGAACGGGGAUGGUAAUAGGGUAG